AUGAUCGGGACAUGGACUGACGGUGGGCUGGUAGACGCCGAGAUCGAGCUCGCGCUGCGCCACGACACGUCCGAGAAGGACCGCCUCCUCGCCUCGCCGCCGCCGAUCGCGCUCCAUCGCGAGCCCGUCGAGUACGUGGCGAUCGUCCCGUACGGCGCAUCGACCUGGCGCCUCGCGCUCUACGCGCUGCUGUGCGUGGCGUCCGGCGGCGUUCUCUGCAUCGUCGUCUCGUGGUGGCCGCACCUCUUCACGGUCGUCGCCCGCGCGCACGGCGUGAGCAUGGCCGACGCCGACUACGUCCUCGUGACCGGCGCCAACGGCGAGGUCGAAGAGGCCAUCGUGCACCACGAGGACCCGCGCUUCCGCUGGUUUGAGUUCAAGAAGCAGCGCUACCUCUACGCGUCGGCCAAGCACAAGUUUGAGCGCGUGGCAUCUGUCCUGCACGAGCGCUGCGGCGCUGCGCUCCAGCGCCUCGAGACGGGCUUGACGACGGCGCUGGCGGACGAACGGACGCGGCUGUACGGCGCCAACACGAUCGAGAUUCCGUCGGCGCCGCUGCACCGCGUGCUCUUUGAGAAGCUCGUGCAUCCGUUCUACCUCUUCCAGAUCAUCAGCGUCGUCUUGUGGCUGCAAGAAGAGUACUACACGUACUCGAUGGCGAUCCUCGGCAUGUCCCUCUCGUCGAUCCUCUACGAAGUGUACACGCAAGUCAUGAACGCCAAGCAGAUGCAGGCGCUCGUGCACUGCGACGCAACCGUCAUGGUCGUUCGCGAUAGCUCUCUGCGGGAGCUUAUGGCAGCCGACCUCGUCGUCGGCGACAUUGUUGACAUCUCGGCCGGCGCUGUCGCUGCCGACAUGGUGCUCUUGGUGGGCGACUGCACGACAGACGAGUCGUCGCUCACGGGCGAAGCGAUCCCAGUCACCAAGCAGCGGCUCGGCGACCAUCGCGUGCACGUGGACGACACGACCCUCUCGAAGAGCGUCGUUCUGUUCGCAGGCUCGACCGUCCUGCGCACCAUGGGUCGCUGCAAGGGCGUCGUGCUCAAGACCGGCUUUAGCACGAGCAAGGGCGAGCUCUUUCGGUCGAUUCUCUUUCCCAACGACAUCCCGUUCCGCAUCGUGAGCGACAGCUACCGCUACCUCCUCGCGCUGGGUGCGAUUGCCCUACUGACCACGGUUCAGCGCAUCUAUGACGCGAUCGCGGCCAACUCGUCGCUCUACGACCUCCUCAUUUCGGUGUUUGAUUUGAUUUCGACGGCGAUUCCUGCCGCGCUGCCCAUGAUCCUGACGGUUGGCAUCGGCUUUUCGCUCACGCGACUCCAAGCAGCCAACAUCUUUUGCAUUGACGCCCAGCGCAUCAACGUCGGCGGCCACCUCGACUGCUUUUGCUUUGACAAGACGGGGACGCUGACGACCGAGACACUCGACUUUCUCGGCGUCGAUACCUGUGACGGCAGCGGCAUCACAGAGCCGAGCGCGCACUUCUUGAUGGGCCUCGCCGCGUGCCACGGCCUCACCGAGACGUAUGGAGCGAUUUCGGGCUACCCGCUCGAGAUGAGUAUGUUUGCGUCGACAAGUUGCAGCCUCCAGAUGACGCGCCACGGCCUCCUCGUGCUCCGUGACGGCAGCGAGUGGCUGCGGUACCGCGACCGCUUUAGCUUUGACGCUACUGUCCAGCGCUCGAGCGUCGUUGUUCAAGCCGAGGACGCGUCGUUGCUGGCGUUUGUGAAAGGGUCCCCCGAGGCCCUCCACGAGAUUUGCGUCCCGGCGUCGCUGCCGAGUGAUUUCGACGCGAUUGUGCACCAAUAUGUCUGCCAAGGCUACUACGUCCUCGCGCUCGGCCACAAGACCCUCAAGCGCGACGACGUCGAGUCCGAUGUGCUCUUUCUCGGCUUUCUUCUCUUUGUCAACCCGAUCAAGCCCGAGUCUGAAUGGGUCAUCGAGACGCUCCAAGCCGCGGCGAUUGACGUGCACAUCAUCACGGGCGACAAUGCGCUCACGGCCGUGCACGUCGCGCGCGAGGUCGGGCUCCAGCUGCGACCGCACAUUGUGCUCGUCGACCUAGUCCACGACAGCCUCCAGUACAAGAUGCACUACGGCUGCGACAAGGACGCCUCGAUUUCAAUCGAUAUGUUUGAGGAGCCGCAGCAGCUCGGCGUCUGGCACCGGCUCCGCGAUGCGAUUGUGUUUGACGCGCUCCUCGAGCAGUACGAUGUCGCAAUGACGGGUGCAGCACUCGAGUUGGUGGCCCAAGACACCACCUUUGAGAGCUUGCUGCCGCGCUUGAUUGGCGACACCAAGAUCUUUGCCCGCGUCAAGCCGCAGACCAAGACGUGGAUCGUUCAGCAGCUCAUGGCGCAAGGAAAAUACGUGGGGAUGACGGGCGACGGCACGAACGACUGUGGCGCGCUCAAGGCCGCGCACGUUGGCUUGGCGCUCUCGGACGCCGAGGCCUCGAUUGUGGCGCCGUUCACAAGCCGCAACAAGGACAUUCGGGACGUCGUUGCCUUGAUCCAAGAAGGCCGCUGUGCGCUCACCACGUCCCUCCUCGCGUUCAAGUACAUGGUCAUGUACCCCGUGAUCGAGACGACGCUCAUCACGGUCAUCAACCACGUUCAAGCCACGUUCUCCAACAACCAAUACCUCUUCGACGACCUUGUUGUCGUGCUCGGACUCUCGGUGCUCAUGCUGCGCACGGGUCCGUCUGCGCUUUUGACGCGGGAGCGUCCGCCCGACUCCCUCUUUGCGCCGGCGGUCCUGGGCUCGAUCGCGGGCCAGACAGCACUGUUUGGUCUAUUUUUCGCGCUGCCGCUCUGGCUCGCGCACUCGCAAGACUGGUUCUGCGCGCUGCCAGACGUCGCGUCGGGCCGAAAGCCGUGCUUUGCGUACCAGCCAGACGAGUCGGGCGACAUGACGGUGCACGCGCACGAGGUGUCGAUCGUCUGGACCACGGGUCAUCUUCAGUACCUCCUCCUGGCCAUCGCCUUCAACUUGAAGGACCCUUUCCGCAAAAGCGUCUGGACCAACGCAUCGUUCGUGCUCUACACCCUCGGGAUGACUGUGCUCCUCUCGUACAUUCUGCUUUCGCCAGAAAGCGAUCUCAAUAUGGCGUGGCUCGACCUCACGACACCGCUACCCCCAACGUUCUGCCGCCAAGUCUUUGGCAUCUUUGUCAUUAACGCCAUCACUGCCGUGGCGUGCGAAGCAGGCGUGCGCAAGUGGACGGCCCAAUAGACACGACUUCUGUUUGCUUGCAUCAUAUUCAUAUAUAUCACAUGGAGUCCAUUAACGCCGG